GGCUUCGAUUCCCUCCGCUUUACAGUAUGUAGGCUAACCUUGAAUAGUAAAUACUUGGUAGUAGUACUCCAUACUCGAGACUCGAGAACAGCCGUUGUUGAGUGCGGUUGAGAAGACAUUCCAAGCCAAUCAUGGCAAUCUGGCUAGAAAACCAAUCUGGGACGCCCGAGGAUGGUCUUGAACUUGAAAACUGAUGUGAUAAUUGUGGACAUUUCUCUGUGGUCUGGACACUUCAUAUUAAGCGGGACCCGAUUGUGUACCGAUGAAAGCGAUACGACACCAAGUGCUAAGUGGCAUACGUGAAUCAGCGGGAAUGUCGAGUGGAGAAUGAAAGAAGCCAAAAAAUUGGGACUCAUGUUAACGUCACUUGGAUGUGCAUCUCUUGAAGUUGAUGAUUGUAUGAGUUGGACUUUUUCCUCUUCUUCUUCAGGAGGCCUUGUCGGGAAAUCAGAUUGUCAAAGCCGUGGUUUACGGUUAAGAUGAGACGUGAUUAUGCAUGCGUUUUUCCACUUCAAAUGAAGCUAGUCAUGAUUUGGUUGUCCAUUCGAUAAAAGAAAGAUUGAAAAUAGUGGGUGAUUGUACGUACGAUGGAAGGAUGCUCGGAGUACUUGUCAGAUUCGAACCAAUGUUUUUUCAUUGCCUCCAAGCCCUUUUGAUGCUGACAUAAGAAGUUUGACAAAUGGAAAACCUUUUAUUUCGUUUGGCUUUGUUUUGGAAUCGAACACGGAUAACAAGGGCCAUGGCUCCAAAUAUAACCUGGUUCAACAAAUAUACCACAAUCCAACAACUUUUCAAAGAAAACAAAAGAUGGCGUCUAAUGAAAUUCGUCAGGCUUGUUCGAACUCUGCAGUCAUUUCUGUAACCCAUCAAGAAUGCUGGAAAUAGAUGGAUGAUGGUCCAAGAUGUUUCAAAGGCCACGACAGUGACGAGAAGUCAGAGUACAACAUCCAACACGGAGCCAACGAUUUCCGUGGCAUUUGCCGAGAAGCUGAUUGGUGAACGACGAAGUGCCAAUCCCCAAUCUUUCAAUGACGUUUUCCAAGUGGAUACAACGGCUUUCCCGCAACUGGUUUCGCCCACCAAAUUCGACGAAUUGCUCCAAUCGCCCAAGGUUAACUUCAAAGGUCAAGUUGGAUCUGUGCAAAAGGUGAAGCAGGCCCAAAGUGAGGGGCCCAUGGAUGAGGCCCGAGAGCGGAUCAAGGAGGAGAAAAAGCAAACUAGAGUACCAAUGCGGGCGAACAAGUUCAAGGAACAGAGGCCGUUUACCCGCACUCAACUGAAUACAGAAACCACGGAGGGAACUCCAUUCGAGUUCCCAGAGACCACUUUCAAUCCGGGGCCAACUUUGAUGGAUUUAGCUCGGGAGGAAAUCAAGGCCAGUUUGGCACCUAGUCAAGCUUCCAGUCGGAUUAUCAAAACCACCACGUCUACCACUCCCACCCCUUUGGCGAAUGAGCCCAUAACUAUAUCCAAGCCUAGACCCACUCCAAUGGAUUUGGCUAGGGCCGAGAUUCGAACUGGUUUAGACUCGGAGCCAAUCACAUUCCGAUCAGCUAGCUUUGCUCCAUCCUCGAUUCCAUCUUCUCCAUCGGCCCCUACUCCUUUGGACUUGGCCAGGGACGAGAUUCGAACUGAUUUGAAUGCCGAUCCAGUUACAUCUCGAUCAGUAUUCUCUUCCGUCCCUUCGACCGCCUCCCCGCCCCCGCCCCCGGCCCCCACUCCCAUGGACUUGGCCCGAGAUGAGAUACGAACGGCUUUGAAACCUGAUCCCAUCACAUUCCGGCCAAUGACUUUUGUUCCACCAGCAAUCCCCUCUUCCACGGCUUCUCCAUCAAUGCCCACUCCUAUGGAUUUGGCCAGAGCCAAGAUUCGAACUGGUUUAGAUGUUGAUCCAGUGACAUCUCGACCGGUGAUUUUCUCCGCCCCUUCGACCUCUUCCUCACCACCAGCACCAACCCCCAUGGAUUUGGUCCGACAAGACAUCCGAGCCGAUUUGAUUGACAAAUUGCAGGACCCGGUUGGAUUCACCACAUUUCGCAAUGACGAUACCACAUUGGACCUCGAUUUUCAAGAGGAGACCACAACAGCCAGAACAAUUGGAGCCAUGGAGCAAGCUCGAGACAGUAUUAGAAACAACCUCUCCACAGUGCCAACCACCACCACUACCACCACAACUGUUCCAACAACGCCCCGAACCGAGAGUCCCAUGGCGACAGCCCGAAACCUGAUUCGAAAUCAAAUGACCACAACCACAGAUCUGCCCGCGAUCUCAUCGACCUCGUCCUUCUUUGAGGCGGAGGAAGUGACCGAAACAGAAUCGCCUCUCGAUCGAAUGCUACAAGCCAGGGAUCGAUUAAGGUUGCUCAUGGGAGGUGCCUCUCCUUCCACCACCGAAAACACACCAAUGGAUGAUGCUCGAGAUGAGAUUCGAGCCCAGCUUCAAACUAGAACCGACCCAAUUUUGAAGGCGUCGGAUACGGUUCAGCCUGAUGUUGGAGAAGGGCUCUUGCCCCCUGGGCUAAGCGAUGAUCCCAUGAUUUCAGUCACCGUCAGAGGUCAUCCCAAAGAUAUACCGCGACCAGCCAUUACCUUGGAGCCUAUUCUUGAUAUGCCCUCAACCACUAGCGUGCCAUCUGUUUUCAUUGAUGGCAAUGAUUUCGAGAUUGAAAUUUCGUCUACCAAUGAACCAUUUAGAGUCACCACUGAACCUCAAACCACCAUUAGUCCGACCCGAAGUGAAGUCUUAGAGCUUUUGGAAACCCACACAGAGUCUCAAGUUGGCAAUUUUAAUGUGCUGAACACUCCUAGUCAGAUGCAAGGUACAUUACUCAAACUGAUCCAGAAAAACCAGGAUUCUCAAGAACAGGCUUUGCUUGUUCAAUCCGAGGAGGAAUUCAAUAAUUUCGCCGCUCCCAAUGGCAAGCAGAACCCCCUUUUAAGACUUCUUCAGCCAGGAAGCCAGGGUUUGGUUGACGUUGAUUCGAACUUUUCGGAUUUUACCCCACCAGCAUUAGGCGUUACUCAUGAAGAACUACAAUCCCCACCCCAAGAGGACCUUAAAGAUCCUCUCGAAAAACCUCUGUUUCCGCCAAGAAAGACCUUCAGCAAUUUUGUACCUCCAUCAAGAAAACAAAAUCCAUUACUCAAGCGAUUGAGGGGCAACCAAAAUCUGGUGAAUACCCGAAAAACCUUCAGCGACUUCAAACCCCCGAGUUCCAAACAAGACAUCUUACUCAAACCUUUGAAAGAAAAUGACCCAGGGAACAGCGAGGAUGUGCCAAGACGUACUUUUAGUGACUUUAAGCCUCCGAGUUCCAAACAAGACACAUUACUCAAACCUUUGAAAGAAAAUGACCCAGGGAACAGCGAGGAUGUGCCAAGACGUACUUUUAGUGACUUUAAGCCUCCGAGUUCCAAACAAGACACAUUACUCAAACCUUUGAAAGAAAAUGACCCAGGGAACAGCGAGGAUGUGCCAAGACGUACUUUCAGCGACUUUAAACCACCUAGUAGGCGACAAAAUCCCUUAUUGAAACGCCUAAGAGCUGGCCAUCGAGCCCGAUAUCAAGGUUUGAAAGUUCCCGGGAGAAAACAAGAUCUGUUGCUGAGGACAUUAAAGGGCAAGCAAAAUCAAAAAAUCGAGGGAUUGGAAGUUCCAAAGGAAACGGAGACCGAGCAUUCGGACCAAGACUCGGAAGUGAUCAGUGGGGCUAGUUUAGGUGGGACAAAGUCUGAGCCAUUGGUGUCCAAAGACGAUGGAACAUUUUUCAAGAACUCUCUUACACCUAAUCAUAACCAACAAAUUGUUGGUUUAAAUCCCCCUAAUGUGAAACAAGACCUGCUGCUGAGACCUUUACAAGCCAAUCAAAACAGCGAUCUUGCACUUGAUGUGCCAUCUAGAGAUCCACUCUCUCGACCUUUGGCUGGUGAUCAAUCUGACCCUGUUCGGCUCAACAUUCCGCGGUUAAAGCAAGAUCUUCUACUCAGGCCUCUGACGCCAAAUCAGGCCAGUAAUCAUGAGUUAGAUCCACCGUCUUUGAAACAGGACCUCUUAUUGGGACCUCUUCAACGUGGCCAAACUGGUUCCAAUCACGAUCUGAGUCUGCCGCCAUUGAAACAAGAUCUCCUUUUGAAACCCCUUCAAGGCGGCCAACAGGAUGAUUUUGACUUGGAAGCUCCUUCCCGAGACCCACUUGCCCAACCAUUGGCAGGGGACCAAUCUGAACCUUUCCAACUGACCGUUCCAAGUUCCAAGCAGAAUCCUCUUUUACGCCCAUUAACCCCAAACCAAGCGAGCAAUCACGAUCUCAAGCUCCCUCCACAUAAGCAAGAUUUGCUGUUGAGACCUCUUCAAAGCGGUCAAACGGGAUCAAAUCAUAACUUGGAGGUUCCCAGCAUAAAACAAAGCACCCUUUUGAAACAGUUGACCCCUAACCAUUCGUCUAUUCUGGAUUUGGAUCCGCCUUCCGUGAAGCAAAAUCCAUUUCUGCGACCACUUCAAUCACAAGUGGAUCAGAAGAUCCCUGAUUUGGAUCCUCCUGGGCUAGUCAAGAGUGAAAAACUGCAAAGACCACCCAAGAAUCCCCUGGAACAACCCUUGAAUCCCAUGAAUACCUUUGACGAGGAUAUCUUGGAACUGCCAGAGAUUCGAAAUAACCCUUUGAUCCGAAUCAUCAAGUUUGAUCGCCGUGCCAAAACCAAACCCAAUGCCCGACAAGGGAGCUAUAUGCGACUGCCUAUCUUCAGACAAGUGGCACUGGUUCCGAAAAAGUUUGCCUCGAAUUUUGCGGAUUUGCCAGAAAGUGCCCAAAGGAAACUGAAAGAAAUUUUUGACGAAAAGGCUCCAUCCAGUUUCAAGUAUGAAGAUUUGGCCGGCAAGGUCAAGGAGGACUUAGAAGAAGAAGUGUUUGCCAACUUUGAGAGCACCACGGCUGCUCCGAAGAUCAUCUCCUCAACAUUUUCCACCAUUUUUCCCAAGGCCUUUCCAUCAACCACCACUGCAUCUUCUUCGUCCUCAUCCACAUCGGGUCCUAGAUUUCGAUUGAGGAUGCCCAAGAACAAGUUUGCCAUUUUGUCCGUCGACCGCCCUACGGACGAGGUCACUUUCCAAAGAGUCAGGGAUCCCAUCACAACUACCCAACAAAGUCAAGUCGAAAACGCAGAAUUCUCAACACCUUUCUCACCCACUUUGGCACCCAUCGGGAUCUCUUCUUCAACCCCGUCUACCUCAAUUCCUUUUAUGCCCACCAUGCUCGUGCGCACAACCAUUAGCACUGACUUCGUCGAGGAGUCCUCCACUUUACACAGCACCCAAGUAACGCCCACUGAGCCACCCACUACCCCUCCUCCUUUACUCAUUCCAACCGAGGCGGAUGAUCUUGUGACGGAACAAAUCGUUCCGGAUAUCACCACAUUUACCAACCUUGAAACCUCUACAUCCAGUUCCCCUACUCCGUCAGAUUCCACCACCUUUCCAGGUAGCUUAUUCCGGAGUCAUCCACAAAAAAAGUACCAGACACUCAACAAACACAGUCACCUUUCACCGACAUCAUCAGGGACGCCGGACAAAGAUUUUGGUUCGGAGGUGAGAAAAGUGACCAAAAUGCUCCAACAAACCGGUUUCGACAUGGAUCGUGGACGGAACCGUCAGAUGAUCCAGAUGCUCAAAGACAAGGCUGAAACAUCCGGUUCCUCCGAAAAUGAGAUCAGUGGCAACAUUGAGAUGGUUAACAAACUCAUUGCCAUGGUCAAGAAAGUCCAAAAAGACAAUGCUGAGGUCGAACAGUUCUUAGACGACAUCAAGAAUAACAAAGAACUGGAAAGAGUCGUUUCCACACCAGCCGCACUUACUUUUGACGACGUCGAUGAUGCGUUCCUUUUGACGAAAAUAAGAAAUCAUAGCGGACCUAAAACUGAUGCCAAGGACGGACUUGUUGCUCCAGAUUUUGAACAACGCAAAGUGAAUUUUCUACUCCAGAAGAUUCGUGCCCACAACGGGAGUAAAAGCGUGGAUCACGAUGGUCUCACACCUCCAGCCAACGAGGACUUGAGUCAGGAAGAGAUCAGUUUUCUAUUGAAAAAGAUUCAAGGCCAUUCUGGCUCGCACGACGAUUUUGGGGACAUUCUCGCUGAUGAGGAUCAUGCCUUUUUGCAAACUACCACAGAGAAGCUCAUCAACGAUUUCCUGGUUAGAAAGGUGAAGAAUCACAAAGGACAGAGACAAGACCCCCAGUCAGGUUUGAGCCCGCCGACCAGUGAAGAGACUUUCACAAUCCCGUCACGAUUCACCCCCGAAGUGUCCACGGCCAAGGCCAUUGUAAAAUCCUUCUUACAGAAGAAGAUCAAGGCCAAUGCCGGAUCGCAUGUUCAUGGGGACUUUGGAGAAUAUCUGAACCUCCCGGAAGGACCAAGCACUGACCAAGCCAUCGAAACUGAGUUUUUGCUCAACAAAAUCAGAGAACACGACAAUUCUAAUCAUCACGACGACUUUGGAGAUCAGUUGGAACCACCCUCGGGGUCAAAGAGUGAAAAGCUGACCGAGUCAGAGGAAACUGAGUUCCUUCUUCAGAAGAUCCGGAAUCAUGUUGGAACACACACGGAUUUCAAGGAUUCUUUGAAAGUGCCCAGACUUCAUAUCCCAACCACCAAAGCCCCCAUCGUUGUAACCACAACCCAAGUUACGCCUGAAGAGUUAUUUCUAUUACAAAAAGUUCGAGGACACAAAGGUAGUAGAAGAGAUCCGACCAAUGGCCUUCAAAUACCCAUUCGCCAUUUGGGUCAACCCACUCCUAUCCCCCCCGUCAAAAGCACCACUGAAAGACUCGAAUUUCUCAUUCAAAAAAUCAAUGCCAACAAUGACGUGAGAGACGACUUCGGAGAUGCUCUCCAGUUUCCCAUAAACAAAUUGGAAGCUUCCACGGAUACUCCCCACAGUGUUUCAUCUACUCCUCCAACCACAGAGGAGGAUUCAGACAGUGAAAUCGAUUUCUUGCUCCAAAAAAUUAAUCUUCAUGAUGGGAUCAGACAAGAUUUUGCUGAAGUUUUGCAAGCGCCUUCAACGGGAUCAGACAUCAAGUCGGAAAAGAUUCAAAGAGAUCCAUUUCUGAUCGAGAAGAUUAAGAAUCACUCUGGAGACAAGGAUGAUUUUGGAAAUGUAUUGAAUGUUCCAAACCGAGACGAACAUUUGAUUCAAAAGAUCAGGAAACAUCAAGGAACUCGAGAUGAAAACACAGAUGGCCUUUCUGUUCCAAAAGCUCAGGAUGACGCUGUUAUAGAGCCCCUUUUGUUAAAGAAGAUUAGGACUCAUCAAGGAUCCAAAUUUGACCAAGUGGAAGGAUUGAGAGUGCCUAUCGAUGAUUCUGAAGUUGAUUUUCUCCUCCAGAAAAUCAGAAACAAUCAAGGCAAUAGGGAAACCUUUGGAGAUAUUUUGAAAGCCCCUCAAAUCGACCCCUUUUUGAUCCAAAAAAUCAAUCAACAUUCUGGCAAAACCAAUGAUGAUACCGACGGCCUCACCAUCCCACACAAAGAGACUUCAACCGAGGAUGACGCGUUCUUGAUCCAGAAGAUAAAAUCAAGUUUGGGACCGAAAUUGGACCCUACAACCGGAUUACAGUUGCCUAUUAACGACGAAGAAGUUGAGUUCCUCUUUAACAAAAUAAAGAGUCAUCAAGGCGAUAGAGAAACCUUCCAAGAGCUCCUGAAGUUAUCGGAUGUACCCCAACGGGAUCCAUUCUUGAUUCAAAAGAUUAACAGCCAUCAAGGGACCCAAUCGGAUUUCUCAGAAUCUCUGACAGCACCGAAGCAAGACGCUUUUCUGACUCAAAAGAUCAAGCAGCAUCAAGGUCAACGAGAGGAUUUUGGAGCCCACUUGAGUGUUCCAAGCACAACAACCGAAGGAUCAUUCUUGCACCAAAAGAUCAAAUCCCACGAGGGAUCCCGACCAGAGUUUGGCAGCGUCUUGGAAGCACCUGAGCAUGGAACCUUACCAAGUGUUCCUCGCAGUUCCACGUCAACCCCAUUGUCAGUAAUGUCGGAGAUUGGCAAUUUCGAGCAAAAACUGAGGACAUCCGAUACGAGAGAGGAAAUUGAGGAUCACAUCAUGGACAUGAUUGUAUCCAAGCCUGAUGUGGUGGUGGAAACAUUCACUAGCAUAUUCCAGACCACAGAUCAAGCUCAAAAGUUGGAACAAAAGGCAAAGCUAACGGAAAUGGUGGAAAAUGACCCACUAAGCGUGACAGUAGCGUUCUCAGAUUUAAUGUCCAAGCAAAAUGAGAUCCUCAAAGAGGACAUCUUUACUCCCAAGGUCCCGCACAAAUACGAAGAUCCGCCAGAAGAAGUCGAAGGACAAUUGUUAAGGAUUACUAUGCCCGAAUCUGUGACCAAAACGCCGCGAUUACCGGAAGAUAUUCUAAGCUCCAUGAUUGAAAUCAUUCAAGCUGGUGAUUUGGAGGAUAGAAACAUCGUGGAUCAAAUGAUUGAUGAGGGCAAACUUGAAAUGAAGGAUCUGCUCAAGACUCCAAAAGAGCCUCAGAACAAUCUCAAGAACAAAGAAAGAGAACACGUGUCACCACAGAGGAUGAAAGAAAUGCUAAUGAAGGAAGGUGAUAAGAGGCCCAUGAUUUAUCGCGAUCAAAAACACCAAAUGAUCGAGGUCAACAUCAACGAUCCCUCGCAUGACUUUGAAAUGGUCAAUGCGGAAAAUCCAAGAUUGAUCACACCUAUCAAUGCCGAAUUGAGCCAACAUGACGAGGACAUUGAAGAAGAGCAACCGUUCAACGGAGUGGAGAAAGAUAUCGAUGUGAUGAAAUCCAUGAUCACUUUGUUCAAGCAUGGUAUGAUUGACAAGUCCGAGCUAAAGGAAAUGAUGUCUUUCUUGGGCGAGGAGGAUAUGGAGAUCCCUGAAGUGCGGGAAGAAGACAACAUGAGUGCUCAAGAGCAAGAAACGACAACAACAACGACCACGACGACCACGCCUCCUCCAAUGAUGAAUUAUCACCAAACCACCACGCCUCCACCGGUGAUGAACUAUGACCAUGAACGCCCAGUUGCCAGACCCCAAACGCCAAAAAAAGAUAAGCCCUCCGAAUCAAGUGGCACAUCGUACUCCUAUAUCAACUUUCCCAAACUAUCCCGACCCGAGGAGAUCCCAGAUUUUCCACCAAAACCCGAGCUGCUCCAAAAUCGACCCCAGAGUCUGUUCAAGGAGCCACUGGUGGAUCCCCAUCCCUUUGCCCAACCACAAGUUCCCAAGCACAAACCAGCGAUUCGACCCCCACCUCCACCACCUCCAAGACCCACCCCGGAGCCUUUUGUCCGGGUAAAUGGUCAACCGGAUCGGCCAAAGUCCGUGAGUUACUCUCACAUUGAGAUGCCGGCCGUGCAUAGACCCCGUGUUCCUUUGACGGGCGAAAGAGCCCCGCAGCCCACGUUUAAACCCAGAAUCCCGCUCCCCACUCGGCCGACGUUCCCCCCAUUUCAGUUGACGAGAAAACCGGUCCUUUUGGACAAUUUUGAGCGAGAACCUCUGAUUCCCUCUUCGCAUCUGCGUCCUCGACCCUCUCCAGUGCCAUUAUUCACCAUGAAUCAAUAUCCAGGACAUCAAGAUCGACCUCCUGUGUCCGAUGGUAAACCCAGGCAGUUUGAGGACAAGGCCCGCAUUGUUCAAGGGUUUUCUGACACCUUCACCAAUGGAGAACUGAAGCAAUCGUUUGAAGAUGCUUUCAGUAAUGUGGACAUUUCUAUGCAUGACUUUGGACGCGAGGAGGAACCAGAGAAUUAUGGCGGGUCCUACUAUGAAUACGAGGAAGAAGAGGAGUCUGACCCGGAAUAUGCCCGACCCAAUUACGCUGGAUUUGACGACCAUGAGGACCACCCUCAUCCAAUGAGAGAGAUUGAAUUUGGAUCCGAUGAGUUCGAAGAUCAAAAAUCGUUCGUGUCCCACCUCAUUGAUGAUCCACAUUCUGGCUCCCAAGAGCCCAGAGAAAUUGACGGCUUUGGCUUCGAUGGCGUGACAAAACUGAAAGAGAGCGUCGACGAGCCUUUUGGCCAUGCUUUUGACUCGCCCAGAGGGGUCGAAUUCGCGGCUCUCCCAGAUCAACCAAACCACCCUCCUAGCGGUCCAGGGUUCCAGUUGUCCAAGUUUCCACAACCGCCCUUUGCUCCACCACCAGGCUUGAUCUUGUCCCGACGUCAACCUUGGAACGAUUUCCCAGUCCGAUCGUCACUUCAUUACCCAGUGGUCCCUGACAAGCGAUCCCAGUAUCUUCCAGUGGAUGCCAAGUAUCAACGUGUCAUGGAACUGGAACCUUACCCCUUGGCAUCUGGACAAUCUGUCAGUUCCCCAGAAGAGGAUUUGAGCAGGAGGUCCUUUGAUGUGGGUCCUGAUCCUGGCCAAGAAGAUGUCAAGGAGAUCGAUUUGGCCGCAUUAUCCGGUGUGUUGACCGGUAAUCCCGAAGUGGAUCGGAACAUUGGAAACAUUUGGGUCCAAUUCAAUCAAAACUCAUCUUAGAGUUCCUCGCAAAAGGCUGAGCCUUGCUGAAUGACAUCUCUUGAGUCAUGUGAUAUUACGUUAAAAGGGAUCCAAGAAGUGCAAUGAUUUUCAUAUUGUUUUGACUUUGUUCGCUGACAGCGGUGUGAUUUUGUACUGCAGCCAUACCACACCAUAUCAUUUUCAUGUUGAUGCUCCUCACGUAUUUCAGUGAAAUUGAAUACUUAUUUUGAUCAAAAUUGAAUGAAACAUUUGUGUAUAUUUGAUACAUAAAUAAAAUUCAUCCAGAUACAGAUACA